AUGAAUAUACAUGACGAGCACGCACGUAACGCACGCACCUGUCGACCUCUUGCUUACGGCAGCAAUGGCGUGGCUGUUUCCCCUGUUCUUGGAGGAGGUUGCUUGCUGAUGUUGGUACUGUCAGCACGGAAGCUUCCUCCUCCUCUUCUGCUAACCUUUUGGUCUUUGAUGAUCGUGGCAAAACGCAAACGGAUCGAUUCGAUCAGGGCAUCUCACAAAUGA